AUGUUGAAUUUUUAUAGUGAUUGUGAGCAGCCUUGCAUUAUUACUGAAUUUAAUACAGUGCUUCUAGUUUUUACCAUUGAGAAUGAUGCAUAUUUUCUGUUACAGAAAACUAUCCCCAAAGGAGAUGGAGAUGACACAUUAGUAAACUCAGAAGUUGACCAAAGCUUUUUAGCACUUCUCAUUACUGAGUAUGAUAAACAUCUGGCAGAGCUAGGUGGGCAACUGAAAUAUUAUCAGAAACAGAUGGGUGAGAUGAAACUACAACUUGAAAAUGUCAUCAAAGAAAAUGAAAGGUUGCACAGUGAGUUAAAAGAUGCUGUUGAAAAGCAAUUGGAGGCCCUUCCCUUUAGCUUGGAAAGAGGAAAUGAUACCUUUCCAGAUGAUGAAACAGUCAAGAACCUUAGAGAGCAACUCCAGCUAGCCAAUCAAGAAAAGACUCAGGCUGUGGAACUCUGGCAUAAUGUUUCUCAGGAGUUGAACAGACUACAGAAACUUUACCAGGAACAUAUGACUGAGGCCCAGAUUCAUGUAUUUGAAAGCCAAAAACAAAAGACUAACCAACACUUUCUGAAAACAGUAACUGAGCAAAAUGCGGAAAUCGAGCAACUUCGAAAUCAACUUAGGCAAGCCAAGUUAGAUCUGAGAGUUUCAGUAGCAAAAGGAGAAGAGUUAAUAAAAGUGACUGAAGAUCUGCAGGGACAAAUGCAAAAGAAGGAGGAGGAUAUGGUGUCUGCCCAAAGAAGAGAGGAUGCAUCAGAUAGGCGCUUACAUCAGUUACAAUCUAGUAUAAAACAAUUAGAAACAAGAUUAUGCAUGGCAAUCCAAGAAGCUGACCAAUUAAGAGCAGAAAAAACACAUCUGGAAAAACUAACCAGAGACCUAAAAGCAAAGUGCAAUGAAUUAGAAAAUGAGAAAUAUGAGGCUAUUUUAAGAGUAAGAGAUAGCAUGCAACUCUUAGAAGAAGCUAACCUUCAAAAAAAUCAGGCUCUGCUUGAGAAGAAGCAAAGAGAAGAAGAUAAAGAGAAAAUGAAACAAGUAUUUUCUCAGCUCAUACAAGAUUCUGCCAUUAGAACCAGGAAAGAAAUUGAAAACACCAAAAAGCAACAUCAAGUACAGAUUUUUCAACUAACAGAAGAACUUUCAGCUCUUCAAAUGGAGUGUGAUGAAAAACAAACUCAAAUCGAACGAUGCAUUAGGGAAAAAAAAGCUGUGGAGAAAGAACUAGAAAAGACUUACCGUGAAGGCAGAGGGAAUGAAAACGAUUACAGAAAACUGGAAGAAAUGCACCAAAGAUGUCUUGUUGCUGAGCGUUCAAAGGAUGAUCUUGAGCUAAAACUUAAGAGAGCAGAAAAUAGAAUAAAACAACUUGAAAUUAAUUCCUCAGAAGAAAUAUCAUGUUCCCAUGAAAUGAUUAAGAAACUUCAAAAUGUGUUGGAGUCGGAAAGAGAGAACUGUGUCUUUGUCAGUGAACAAAGGCUUAAACUUCAGCAAGAAAAUGAACAGUUACACAAGGAAACUGAGCAUUUAAGAGAUAUUGCUCUAGAGGCUGAAAGAAAAGCUAAAUUAAAGAUCAGUACAAUGGAACAUGAAUUUUCAAUAAAGGAACAUGGGUUUGAAGUUCAAUUAAGAGAGAUGGAAGACAGUAAUCGAAGUUCUACUAUUGAACUGAGGCAUCUCUUAGCAACUCAACAGAAGGCGGCCAAUAGGUGGAAAGAAGAAACAAAGAAACUCACUGAAAGUGCAGAAAUUAGAAUCAGCAACCUAAAGAGUGAGCUGAGUCGACAAAAACGUCAUACCCAGGAGCUACUCUCUCAGCUAGAAAUAGCAAAUGAAAAGGCAGCCGAGAAUGAAAAGUUAAUUCUAGAGCAUCAAGAAAAAGCCAACAGACUUCAAAGGCGUCUCAGUCAGGCAGAAGAGAGAGCUGCUUCAGCUUCCCAUCAGCUCAGUGUGAUUACAGUACAGAGAAGAAAAGCAGCCUCCGUGAUGAAUCUGGAAAAUAUUUAAAAAUAUUCAUAGUUCCCUCACAGAACUGUAGAGUUGAGAAAGCUGUUGGAUGAGAAGUGUACUGACAGGGUGAUGCCUGCAGAGAAUGGUUACGGCUUGUGUCACUUUGCAUAAGCAUUUUCCAUUCUGUCUUGAGGGUCAUUGGAUAACAAAACAGUGACAGCUUCCUGUAAGUAAAGAAAAUAUAAUCCUACAUUUGAGCUUCAGUGAAAAAUAAAACCAGCCAAGAAGAACUCGCUACCUUCAUCAACGAAUCUAUUUUUCAAUUCCCCCUUUUUCCUUUGCAUGAAAGUAAUAAUGAGAAAGAGGUCUUAAGAAAAAUCUAGAAUUUAAUAUUUCAGGUUCCAAAUUUGGAGAAUUUUAUAUCUAAUUGUUACUUCUACUUCAUUUUCAAAGU